GCCGCAUUUGCCCAUUGCUCUCGACGCGCGACCUUGACGAGCGUCUCGUUUCAGCUUCGUACACGCGCCAAAGCUUUGACACAGCACGGCUGCGAAGCCUGCUCGGUCGCAGCGUCAGCUUGCGUAUAGCUGGGCUCUUUGCCCUGUAGCACCUGCAGCAGCAAAACUCGGACGGACAGCGAGCGAGCGUAAACGCCGCAGCGCACGACAACACACAGCGUAAACGCCGCCGCCGCGCACCCACAUAAAAACCAUGGUCACCUACGACCUCAAGCGCUUAGCCGCCGUGCCCACGGCCGCCGAAUUAGUAGACAUUGUCUUGAUGCGCACGCAAAGGAAGACGCCGACCGUCGUGCACCCCGGGUACAAAAUCACGCGCAUCCGGAGUUUCUACAUGAGGAAGGUCAAGUUCACGCAACAAACGAUAAGCGAGAGACUAGGCGCCAUCGUGAGCGACUUCCCGCGCUUGGACGACGUCCACCCGUUCCACGGCGACCUCAUGGGCGUGUUGUAUGAUAGGGACCACUACAAGCUCGCGCUGGGCCAGUUGAACACCUGCAAGAAGCUCUGCGAGACGGUCUGUCGCGACUACGUGCGUCUGAUCAAGUACGCGGAUUCUUUGUACAGAUGUAAAGCUUUGAAGGUCGCGGCGUUGGGACGGAUGGCGACACUGAUCAAGAGGCAGCGGGCCGCCCUAGCUUACCUGGAGGAAGUGAGGAAACAUUUGGGACGCUUACCAGCAUUGGAUCCCACAGCUCGAACGCUAUUAGUAUGUGGCUUUCCCAACGUCGGUAAAAGCAGCUUCGUGAACAAGGUAACAAGAGCGGAUGUGGAAGUGCAGCCCUGGGCCUUCACGACCAAAGCGCUGUAUGUCGGCCACAUGGACCACCGCUACUUGCGGUGGCAGGUCAUCGACACCCCCGGGAUCUUGGAUCACGAGCUCGAGAAGCGCAACGUCAUCGAGAUGCAGGCCGUGACCGCUUUGGCGCAUUUGCCGUGCGCCGUGCUGUUUUUCGUCGACGUCUCGGAGCAGUGCGGCUACACCCUGGAACAACAAAAAUCAUUGUAUGAUAGUAUCCGACCGCUGUUCGCGGACAAGCAAUUGGUCAUCGUGGCGAACAAGGUCGACGCCAAGCCUCUUGAGGAUUUAUCGGCGGACCACCAGCAGAUGUUGAAGGACAUGUGUGCCGCGCACGACCCGGACGCGGUUUUAGUCCCGAUGUCGAACGUCACGGAAGCUGGCGUCCAGGCCGUGAAAGAUGCGGCCUGUGAUGUCCUGUUGCAGGCUAGGGUCGAUCGGCGCCGGGCGGCGGCCGGCGGGUCGCGGUUGCGAGACAAGUUGACGCGACUCGUGGCCACGCCCGCGGACGCGGCGCAACGGAGGCCCGCGUUAGCGACGGCGCUACCGAUGGGCGCCGACGAGGACCGCGGGCCGAGUAUCCCCGCGUCCGUCUUAGCGGCGCGAAAGGCGAAGAAAUUGGAGAAACGCGCGGCCCGCGCCGCGCAAGACGCGGAUCGGUUAGAAUUAGCGGCUCUGGAAGCGAGAGACGGCGGCCACGGCUCUACUACAGAUGCGGCUCAACAAGCCGAACACGCGGCCCAGCAAGCUCGAGCCAUAGCGCGCGACGCGGAGGCGGCGCGAGCCGCGAGCGCGAGGCCGCCUCGAACGACGGAACGGGAACGCAUGUGGGCGGGAGGAGGCCCCGGCGUCUACUCGGGCGAAACGUCGCGGGAGUACAUCGGCCAGCUGCGCUGCGACGAGUUCGCCACGGACAUCCAGCCCGAAAUCAUGGACGGGAAAAACGUCCUCGAUUUUGUGGAUGAGGACGUCCUCGAGAAGCUCGCGGCUUUGGAUGAUUUAGAAGUGGAGACGGACCAGACGCUGGACCAGUUGGAUGCGCAGUUGGAGGCGGCUCGACUCACCCCGCAAGAGGCUGCUAUUAUCAAGGCGAUGAGAGAUCGCCAGUUACUUGCUAGGAAUCGAGCGCAAGCGUCGACGAAUCGGCGGAACGCGCCCUUGCCUCGCGCUGCUAGAUUACGGACGGAGGAGGCGCCGCCCGCCGAUACGUUGCGGGGCCGAGCUCGAGCGGCCGCCGAGAAGCGCGGGCGGAGCUUGUCUCGUAGACCUGAUGACGCCAUGGACACGUCCGUUGAAAGAUCGAAGAGUGUCGCUCGAGAGCCGGCGGCGAAGAAACGAAGGCGGGACGCCUCGAGAGCCGCGUCGGCGCACCGGUCGUCGUCGCGGCCGCCGCCGCGCAACGAGCAGGGCCUCGAUGGCCAGGCGGCCCAGGACCGCGCGCGCCUGCUGCAGAAGAAGGCCCAGAAGAAGAUGAACCGCAUGGCGCGCGGCGGCGAGGCCGACCGCAAGACGGGGCCGAAGCUGAUCCGCUGGAUGAACGAGGGCAAGCGGCGCAGCGGCACGUCGCACCACCGCUAGGUCCUCUCUCAUCCGUGUGUAACUCCCCUUCUCCUCCUA